UAUUUUUUCCUUCCUUCCAAAGAUUGAACUAAAUAGUCAAUUUAGCCGAUAUUCUUUGAAAAAACUCAAUUUGAGGAGAGAUCAUAGAUCAAGCUGGUCGCUUGGCGAUUCGGUGAAGGAGGUGAAAAUGAUAAAAGCGGUGAUGGCAAUCAAUACACAAGGCAAACCUCGCCUUACCAAAUUCUAUGAUUUUUUGACUGUUGAGAAGCAACAGGAGCUUAUACGCAGCGUUUUUGGAGUGUUGUGCAGUAGAGCUGAGAAUGUUAGCAAUUUCAUGGAGGCCGAUUCUAUCUUUGGUCCGGAUAGUCGUCUCGUUUACAAACACUAUGCAACUCUUUACUUUGUAUUUGUAUUUGAUACCUCUGAAAAUGAGCUUGCCGUGCUAGAUCUCAUUCAAGUUUUUGUAGAAACAUUGGACAAAUGCUUCAGAAAUGUAUGUGAGCUUGACAUAGUUUACAAUUACAGCAAGUUGCAUACAAUUUUAGAUGAGAUAAUUUUUGGAGGUCAGGUGCUUGAAACAAGUUCUAGUGAAGUAAUGAAGGCUGUUGAAGCAAUAUCAAAGCUAGAAUCAUCCUCAAAUUCCAUCACAUUAGUCCCCAAAACUGUUUCUGGUUGGCGGAACCGGUAGCACAUUGAUGUAGAGAGAUGUUAAACCGAUUGCAGUUGAUCCAUUAACCAUCAAGCACCAUGGCCCUCGGACAUGAAAUGGUUUGUGGUAAGUUCGAUGUGUAUCAAGCAAGCUGCUUCAGUACUCAUGGUUUCUUGUGUUGGUGGAUAUUUCAAGCAAUUGUUUAUGGAGAACUUUCAGAAUAGGCUAGAAGAUUGGAAGUCCUUGAGUGAUAACCAUGCGUAGUUUGAUUGAUCCUGUUGCAGAUGACCUUUGAGAAAAUGAAUUCCUAAAUUGGACUGUCAGGAAUUUUUAAAGAUUGGAAUCAUUCUUUUUGUUAUGCAAUUGUUCGAAUACCCAUGCUUAAGCCUGGAGUGAAACGUAUAUUGUUAACUUUUUGGUUU